ACGUGAGUCGCCGAGAUUUUUGCUCGGGCGGCAGAAGUUUCUCUCCCUUCUUCCCUCUCGCCUGUAAAGAGUUUGCAGAGUUUCGCGGCGUGAAGAUGGACUGGCGGUGGGUGUCGAGGCUGUGUUGGGUGGCGGCUCUCACCCUCGCCUCGUCGCAGGCACCCUGGGAGCCCGGGCGGCAGUCAGAAGAAGGCAUGAACUUUUGCAACGUUUUGAACAUGGAAGUAUAUACAGGCGGCAAUAAGUCACUCGCUCUCCCAUUUCAUGCAUCUAGCUCGGGAGAAUUGGUGAAGAAAUACGAUCCUGAGACAAAGAAGUGGGUAGAACAAAUUUUGCACGCACGUGGGACAUCUAAUGGUUUAUCUGAAAAGACCGCAUCCAUUUCUCUGUUCAACGCAAAUUUCACCGUGUGGAAUGCAGGAACUACCGAAGAUGGUCUCUACAGAGUCAUAGACUUCUUGGGCAGCCAUUGCUUAGCUGAAAUCAAUGUAACUGUGCAGGAUCUUCCUUUUCCUGAGGCUGCCGUGCCCCCACCUGGUAUAUCCUCCAGGCCCACGGAAACAACUAAGGCUUCCCUGCCAGGAAAAAAUGGUGCUGUCAGAUGCUGUUCAACUUCUGUUCUGAUUUUUAUUGUCCCCUUUUUCAUUCUAUUUGCAAACCAAGUGAAUCUUUUGCUUUUGAGUCACUGGUCGUUUCCCCACUUAUCAGCAGCCAGAAUUCCCGUCAUGGCUUUGGAGAAAAAAACCUAAUUAAUGGGGGAUCAGAAGGCAGCGGAGAACGAAUUGCCUCUAUUAGCGUUCUGGCUCCGGACAUUCACCUCGCCCUCUCCCCUCUUUCUUCUUGUUGCAUUCUUGCCCUGGGAAGGCUUUUUUUGGACUAGUGUAUCGGAACGACGUGGAGAAGUGUUUCGGCAUUAAAAAGAAAAAAUUAAAACCCAGACUGCGCGCAUAGCGCACACCCCGCCAUUGCCUAAUUGGACAGAGGGCUCUAUGUCACCAGCAACGGCGGGAAACUUAAACCCGGAGUCACCCCCGGGCUUCCCCACUCCCCUGCGCGCCCCCGCGCUCAGUGCGGGGUUUUUUAAAAGGUGAUCAACAAAACAGGAACUAAAAUAAUGCGCGCAAAGAAGGAAAGAGAGCGGCAGUAUCGGGGUCGCUGCGUUGCUGCCGCUGAGGUAAUGGGGAACGCAGCAGGCCCCUGGAUUAUUUGCCGCAAGUGCCCCGCAACUAAAGGUUAGUGGCAAAACGGCCACUGAUGAAUGGCUCACUAACACCAUAGCUGCAUCUCCGAUGGCCUCACUAUUCCUACCAUUUUUUCUGUUUUUUUCAGUAACUUGGUUUUUGUUUCAGUAGCUUGGCCUUUGUUUUCCUCCCCACCCCUCCCUGACCUGUUAUCCUUAGCAUUAUAUUUAUUUUCUAAUUUGAAUUUUAAAUGUAUUGUUUAAAUUAUAGUAUAUUGUGAUGGAUCCCACCUGAAUGCAGAGGCAGAAAACCUGGCUGUAAAUGGUAAAUUCCUCACAGAACCUGAAUUUGUGAGUGACAGGCUGCAAGUGGGU